CCUAUGGGAGGGAGGAGGAGGAGAACGGAGGAGGGAGGGAGAACGAGAGGGAGAAAUUGAAUGAGAGGGACGGAGGGAAGUUGCGAGAGGCGCCUCCAAGGAAAAAAAAACAAAAAACUUUCCCCAACUAUCAGCGAGUGGACGUACAGACCGCGCCGGCGGCGCAUUGACUUCUUCUUCUUCUUCUUCUUCUUCUCUUCCCCGCAUGGCUGCUUAGCCCCGUCCAACUUCUCAUUACACUGGUAAAAGUCUGUGUGGCGCGGAGGCAAAGCUCCGCUUUUGAAAAGAUGGACCACUUAAUAAGGACGAGGCCGUGCUGGAGAAUACCGCUAUUUCUCCUGAUCCUCCUGCAAGUGACAAGGACACAAGCUGCUGAUCCCAUUGAUGUGCUGCGGGUACUGGCGCUAUCGGAGGACAUAGAAGGGGUCUCCAGGGAGGCUGGACUCUGUACCAGCAGGAAGGGCAUGGAGGAAACAGACCUGGCCUACAGGAUAGACGAGAAGACCCAGCUCAGUGCACCCACGAAACAGCUCUUCCCUGACUCGCCAUUCCCUGAGGAUUUCUCCCUGAUGGCCACGGUGCGAGCUAAGAAGGACACCCAGUUCUCCCUGCUGUCAGUGUACGAUGAGCAGGGGGUACAGCAGCUGGGGCUGGAGGUGGGCCGCUCGCCUGUCUUCCUGUAUGAGGACCACCAAGGGCAGCCCUCACCGCAACUGUGCCCCAUCUUCAAGAAAAUCAACAUGGCCGAUGGAAAAUGGCACAGGAUAGCGUACAGUGUUCAGGGCAAGUCUGUGACCCUCUACAUGGACUGUCAGAAAGUAGAGACCCUGGAUCUGCUGAGAGGGGACGCCGCCGUCGUGAGCACGGAGGGCGUCACCGUGUUCGGGAGACGGCUGCUGGAUGAUGAAGUAUUUGAGGGAGAUAUCCAGCAACUGCUGAUUCUCGAUGACCCCCAGGCUGCUGCCAACUACUGCCUAAACUACAUACCAGACUGUGACUCCUCUUUACCUUACAAUAGCCACGUGCUGGAACCCCCGGAGCAUUCCCUCCAUCAGUCUGAUCCGUUGAUGGAAGAUGACCAGCCUGAGGAAUCAAAGAAGCACGGCAAAAAAGACAGAAAAGGCAAAAAAAACAAAAAGAAGAGGGACAAGGGCUCUAAAGGCAGGGGCAAGGGCAAAGGUAAAGGCAGGAAGGGGUCACGGAAGAGGAAGCAUGAAGAGGAGGCUCUUAAGGACGGCUUUCUGAGGGUGUCCACAACAGUACUGGAGUAUUUAUCCCAGGAACCCUUCCAGCCGACAGAGUUUCCUGAUGCUGAGGCAAAAAUUCCACCCAUCAUCAACACCGAAGCCAUCCAAGAGAACCUCGUGGUGAUGCCCACGCAUGAGCCUGAACCCGAAACAGAGGCCCCCUCACUGCUGCCUGUUACAGUGCCCGAACUGAAGGUUACAGAGGAGGUGGAGAGACCCGUCAAGAAGCCAGUGAUGGAGGAAUACGGCAAGGAUGUCUACAGUGACCUCACAGUUUCCACGGUAACGGUGGGCCCGAAUGUCACUGAGUACCAGAUCCUUGAAUACGAGGACCUCAAGAACGAGACAGAGGCGGAGUACGAAGAGUAUGAGGUAUACGACGAUGGCUACGGCUUUGCCGAGCGUGAGGGAGCAGAGACAUGGGAUGGAGAGGCUAGCCUCAAAGCGGAGAAAGGCCAGAAGGGAGAGCUGGCGAUUAUCGAACCGGGCACAUUAGUGGAAGGACCUUCCGGCCCACCAGGACCUGCAGGUCUUCCCGGAUUACCUGGACCGACAGGCCCUCCAGGACCCAUGGGAGACCUCGGUGAAUUGGGUCCCCAGGGGCGUCCUGGUCUACCCGGGGCGGAUGGAAUUCCAGGUCCUCCAGGCACCCUGCUGAUGUUGCCGUUCCAGUAUGGUGGUGAUUCUCAGAAGGGACCUGUGGUUUCUCCUCAGGAGGCUCAAGCGCAGGCCAUCCUGCAACAGACCAAGCUGUCAUUGAGGGGACCUUCAGGGCCAAUGGGUUUGACAGGGCGUCCUGGACCUGUGGGUCUUUUUGGCCCUACUGGGCUGAAAGGAGAGCGUGGAGACAACGGCCCUGCUGGACUGCGAGGUUUGCCAGGCCUCCUAGGACCUAGCGGAAAGGCCGGAAAGAGAGGGCGAGCAGGAACGGAUGGAGGUCGGGGAGCACCAGGUGAAACAGGCUCCAAGGGUGACCGGGGUUUUGAUGGACUGCCUGGUCUACCAGGAAACAAGGGACACAGAGGGGAAAGAGGAAAGCCUGGUCCUCCUGGGCCAUUCGGUGAACCAGGAGAGAAGGGUGCUGAUGGACCAGUAGGGCCAAGAGGACAGCCAGGUGAACCUGGAAUUCGGGGCCUCAUCGGACCUAGGGGCCCACCCGGCCCACCUGGACAACCAGGUAUUCAUGGAGUCGACGGAGUUCAAGGGUCAAAAGGCAACCUGGGUCCAUCUGGAGAGAUCGGCCCCCCAGGUCAACAAGGAAAUCCGGGAGCACAGGGCUUGUCUGGUCCUCAGGGUCCCAUCGGACUGCCGGGAGACAAGGGUCCCCAGGGAAAAGUGGGCAUGCAGGGACUACCUGGCAUCGACGGUCCCCCUGGACACCCAGGAAGAGAGGGCCCCCCAGGGGAGAAAGGUCUUCAGGGUUUAUUAGGUGCCCAGGGUCCUAUUGGGUACCCAGGGACGCGGGGUGUCAAGGGGGCAGAUGGAGUGAGAGGUCAAUUGGGAAGUAAAGGAGAGAAGGGUGAAGAUGGCUUCCCUGGGUUCAAAGGUGACAUGGGCCUGAAGGGAGACAGGGGUGACAACGGGGCCCCAGGUGGCCAUGGAGAGGAUGGACCGGAGGGGCCCAAGGGACAAGCAGGACCCUUGGGAGAGUCUGGACCUCCUGGGAUUGUUGGGGAAAAGGGUAAACUUGGUGUACCAGGGUUGCCAGGCUACCCAGGGAGACAAGGGCCUAAGGGAUCAGUUGGCUUCCUAGGCAUGGCCGGGGUCUUAGGAGACAAAGGACGAAGGGGUCCAGCUGGUCAGCCAGGGCCAGGAGGUCAGAGAGGGCCUAACGGCUCUCAGGGCGCGAGAGGAGCGAGGGGACCCACUGGAAAACCUGGGGACAAGGGUACUUCUGGACAAGAAGGUCCUCCAGGGGGUCAUGGAGAACUGGGCCCCCGAGGGCCACAGGGAAGGAAUGGUGAAGUAGGACCUAGAGGGCCUAAUGGUCCAUCAGGAAAGGAUGGAUUACCAGGUCACCCGGGCCAGCGUGGAGAACCAGGCUUUCAAGGCAAAACGGGGCCACCCGGACCCACUGGUGUUGUCGGGCCACAGGGUAAAUCUGGAGAGACAGGUCCAACUGGAGAUAGAGGUCACCCAGGGUCUCCAGGACCACCUGGUGAGCAGGGUUUACCGGGAGCUGCCGGAAAGGAAGGAGCCAAGGGAGACCCGGGUCCAGCAGGAGCUCCAGGGAAGGUUGGCCCAUCCGGGCUGCGAGGUUUUAGAGGGAGUCGGGGCAGUCCCGGUGGCACGGGUCCUGCAGGUCUGAAGGGAGGAGAGGGCCCGCCUGGCGUUCCCGGACCAAUUGGGGCCACCGGAGAGAGGGGACCCGCUGGGACAGUUGGUGCUAUUGGUCAGCCUGGACGGCCUGGUGGGGUGGGUCCUGCUGGGCCAAUGGGAGAGAAGGGCGAGCCAGGAGAGAAGGGAACAAUUGGGCCUGCUGGACGCGAUGGGGAACAGGGACCUGUUGGGCUGCCGGGGAUUGUGGGCCCCCCUGGGCCCCCAGGAGAGGAUGGAGACAAGGGAGAGACAGGAGGACCGGGCCAGAAGGGCAGUAAAGGAGAUAAAGGAGAAGCCGGGCCCCCAGGGCCGACUGGAAUUCAAGGACCUGUGGGCCAGCCUGGGCUACAUGGUGCAGAUGGUGAGCCAGGUCCUCGUGGGCAGCAGGGAAUGCAUGGGGCCAAAGGAGAUGAAGGAUCAAGAGGCUUCAAGGGAGCAACUGGGCCUGCUGGACUGCAGGGAAUGCCUGGACCACCAGGUGAGAAAGGAGAGAGUGGACACGUCGGUCUGAUGGGUCCCCCAGGACAGCACGGCCCACGAGGCCCCCAGGGGUCCAUCGGUGGACAGGGCACACCUGGUAUGCCUGGCGGAGUCGGUCAGCCUGGGCUUGUUGGAGAGAAGGGAGAAGAUGGAGAGGCUGGAGACCCAGGAACAGUUGGAGAGCCUGGUGUUGCUGGUGCUAAUGGUGAGCUGGGAGAGAAGGGUGACUCUGGUCCCUCCGGGGCAGCCGGACCUCCUGGAUCCAGAGGUCUGCCAGGGGAGGAUGGAUCCAAAGGCAACCUUGGUCCAAUUGGCUUCCCUGGAGACUCGGGACCCUCUGGAGAACCAGGCAUUAAUGGAGUGGACGGUGCACCAGGGGCUAAGGGUGACAGUGGAGAGCCUGGCAAGGCAGGACCCCCAGGAGCCUCUGGAGAACCAGGCCCUUCUGGACCCCCAGGGCGCAGGGGUCACAUAGGAGCUGCAGGAAAAGAAGGGAAGCAAGGAAUGAAGGGAGCCAAGGGAACAAUAGGAGGUGAGGGUCAAGUGGGGAGAACAGGCCCAGUGGGACCCCAAGGACAUCCAGGAAACUCUGGUCCAGAAGGCUUCAGAGGCAUCCCAGGCCCUGCGGGUGAGCAAGGGUUAACUGGGCCACCAGGACAGACUGGACCUCCAGGGCCACUAGGACCACCGGGACUUCCAGGAUUGAAAGGAGACCCUGGAAUGAAGGGUGAUAAGGGCCACGGUGGAAUGAUAGGUCUGGUCGGGCCCCCGGGGGAACAUGGAGAGAAAGGAGACCGGGGCCUGCCAGGGAUCCAGGGCACUCGAGGGCCAAAAGGAGAUUUGGGUGUGGUUGGCCCACAUGGCCCUAAUGGCCCACCGGGACCACCUGGUCUGUCUGGUGCGACUGGAGAGAAAGGAUCGAAGGGGGACAUGGGAGUCGUAGGUCCUAGAGGAGAUAGAGGCGCCGCUGGCCCCCCAGGACCUCCAGGACCCCCUGCAACCAUGGUUCAGCCCCUGCCCUUCUGGGAGGGCAGAAGGAGCAGGAGAAGGCACUCAGAGCAGGAGGAGGAGGAGGCUGAAGAGCUUGAGACGGAGUUCCUCCAGGGGGACCAGCCUCUGGAGGAUGUUGAGGGCAUGGAGGAGGUCUUUGCCUCCCUCAUGUCAAUGAAAAAUGAAGUGGAACUGAUGAGGAGGCCCUUGGGAACCUUCGAGAGCCCCGCCCGCACCUGCAAGGAGCUCAUGAUGGUCCAGCCUCAAUAUAAAGAUGGAGAGUACUGGAUAGAUCCUAACCAAGGCUGUCAUCGGGACUCCGUUAAGGUCUACUGUAACUUCACCGCCGAUGGAGAGACCUGUCUCUACCCUGACAAGAGGAUUGAGAUGGUGAAAUUAGCCGCGUGGAACAAAGAGAAGCCGGGAAGCUGGUACGGCCAAUUCAGGAGAGGCAAGCAGUUCUCCUACAGCGACUGUGAUGGGAACCCAGUCCAUGUGGUUCAGCUCACGUUCCUUAAACUACUGAGCGCCACGGCCAGGCAGAGCUUUACCUACACCUGCCAGAACUCGGCUGGCUGGUUUGACAGCACCACUGGCUCCUACCAGCAUGCCCUGCGUUUCCGAGGCGGAAAUGAUGAGGAGCUUACCCAGGCUAAGAGCCCCUUCAUUCGGCCACUACAUGAUGGAUGUCAGCUCCGGAAAGGGCAGGAGCGGACUGUUUUAGAGAUUGACUCUCCCUCGGCUGAGCUGCUCCCUAUCAUCGAUGUGGCUGCUACAGACUUUGGCAACAACAACCAAAAGUUUGGCUUCGAAGUUGGACGUGUAUGCUUCAACGGUUAACAUCUGACCCAUUGCGGCGGGGGGAAAUGACCUGCUCAGCAAUUUAUUGACAAAAAAAAACAAAAAACUGGAUUUUACCGCUACCCCAAGCAAUAUUUAUUAUAUAUGUUUCUAUAUGUGGUGGGUGUGUGGUAUUUUUUAUAAGACUCUUCAUCAGCCAAUGCAAUGCUAGAUCCCCUGGCUCUAUGAUGGAAAAAAAACAACAAAAAAAGGCAAGAGGAUAAACAACAACAGGAACAAUGCGCAUUUACCAAAGGGAAAUCCUCCAAUUAGAUAUAUUUAAAUUUUUUGGGUUUGUCUUCUCCUUUGUUUGUGUCUGACCUUUCGGUGUGCUGUAAUUGAAUCCAAUAGAAUUAAGAGGACUGCACCACUUGAAGAUGACCAAUUUGAAGUGACAGAUGGGUUCCUCCAGCUGAGGGAAAGAGUAGUCUGUCAUUGUGAGGUAGGGGUCAGUUGAGUGGAACUUUUCAGGCCUUGAAUGCAAAUUAGUUACUACCUAUUGGAGUAUAAUGAGGGGGAUGCAAUAAGCCUGAGGUACUCACUGUCGUACUCAUUUGCAUGCUCCGAUUUCAUUAUAAUGACGAUUGGUUUGCUGUUGUGAGCUUGUCCAGCAUAUUAAUUUCCACGCAAGCACUAUAUUUAAUUUCCCAUUCUGCGGGAGUGAUAAAUUGUCUUUUUUUACCCUUCAGCUGCAGUUUGCUCGGUGAACGACCAGGAUUAGUAUUCAGUAGACAUCGCUAGUUAUUGAACCCAACACUUAUUGAACGGAUAAGGUUGUUUCCUUUAUUGGACCGAGUCCCUCUACGGGCCUGAUAAUAAGCGUUUUCAGCCUGCCGUGCUUGGACAGACUAUAUUACUGUAUGCAUCAACUCCACACCCGUUCUACUGUAGCAUAUAGUCAGUCUGGCUGACGUUCACCGCAAGGCUGGGGGGCGUUUCAGGGUAAAAACCCCACUGAGGGCAUGCCGAUAGAGCGUGGUGCUCCUCAGUCUUUACUGUAGUCAUUUUCACCGAGUGACAUUUCACACAUGUCCUGGAAACAUUGCGUGAUUGCUGACACUGUGUUUGUUUUUCCAGCUCAGUCAAAACAAGGUUUUUGUACUCGUUCCACUGUGAUCACAUGUCGAAAAUCUGACGAUAUCUUCCUUUUUUUAAUUUGCAUUUCAGUGGUGCUAUAGAUGAUUACGUGUGUGUGUGUGUGUGUGUGUGGUGUGUGUGUGUGUGUGUGUGUCAGUGUUUUCCUUUCCUGUGGGCAGGAUUGUGGGACUGGAGGAGGCCCUUCAACAGCAGUUCAUGACACAGAAAAGAAAGUCUGUGAUGUAUCGGUGUAGUUUCUAUAUGUUUGUUUACGUUUCCUAUGGGUGAGGCACACGUCCACAUUCUUCUUCUUCUUCUUCUUUUUCUUCUUCUUUUUUUGGACAGCUACGUGGCUGUUCAUAGCUUGAGGUGACCGGAUACCUGAACGCUGUGACUACGUUCAACCUCAACUGAACACUGUUGCUCCGGCUCGUGUAACCCAGCAGUUCAGUCGCUGCUGCUUAUUUAAGCAUUCCACUGAGGAGGAGCGCCCUCCCUCCGGUCCCACUCCGUCCUGCCUGCCAUUCUGUGUACAGUGAUUGUUGUACUAAUUUUAUAUACUGUACAGUUAUUCUAAGGACUUGAGUAUGAGAAAUAAUCUGUUCCCGGAAAGAGAAAAAAAAUGCUUGUGGAAAAACAGAUGUGCAAAUAAUAAUAAACAAGGAACAAAGC